AAAGGUUCUUUUCAAAAUAAAAUUAGAACUCUCUGGUCGGGAGAAGUCAAUACAGCCAAGCAAAAUUCACCCCGGCAAGCUGGCACGUUAGGGCACUAAUUCCUGUUCUUCCGAAACAGAAGGAAAGAUGCAAUCUUAGAUUACUCGUUUCAGUUCGAGUUCCCCAAAGAUCGGAAAUUGAUUCCGAGCUUUACCUCCCAACCUCGCCCAGUGCCAUUGCGAAGUUACUGAUCGCGAUCACGACUUCUUUUGCUGGCAGUCAAUCGCCUCUGCAGCCCUCGGCGAAUGCGCGCAGAGAGAUCAAUGUACAAGCAUAUUUUUGUGGGGGCUCUCCCAAUCAGGCUGGUCAGCUGGUGUUCGGGUCAUUUCGGAUAGCAUUUAAUUUGUUGUCAUUCUAAAUGCAAAAUCUUGGCGUUUAUGCGCAUAGAAUGGAUCCCGAGCUGUUGGACAAGCAAAGGAGGACAACACAGGAUUACAUAAUUCAACUUCUUCAGCGAAAGCAUUAUAAUUCAAAUUCAGAAGUUAUGCAGAGAAUACCUGAGCUUGCGAGGCGCCUUGAAGAGCGAAUCUUUAGGGAUUCUCUUUUACAGGGCGAGGACUACAUCAAGAUGUCAUCGACUAUGAUCGAACAACGGUUACUGGGGAUAACAAAGAUCUUAAAUAACAGCCAACAGUCCCAUUAUAUAGCACCAUCAGCUGUGAGUACAAUGAUUCCAACACCUGGAAUGCCCAAUUAUGGAAACAAAAACUCUGUGGUAUCUCAAGGAAACAACAUAAUGUCUGCCAGUGCUAAUGGAUCAGUUGGUAUUAGUCAAACCGGCUCUUUCAACACAACCACUGGGACAAUUUUAAAUGGUUAUCAGCAACCAACAUCCAAUAUCGUCCAAAAUUCUGGUGGAAGCAAUAUGUUGUCAUCUAUGAACAUGAUGCGCCAAUCCAACCAAAUGAUCCCAACCCCUGGAUUAAGUAAUCAGCAAUCUGUGCCUAUAAACUCUGAAUCUUCCAGCGGAGUUCGAUAUUCUACAAUGGAUACCUCCAUGGUUUCACAACAACAAACCAAGCAAAAUUUUGGAAAUCAGAACAACAACCAUAUGUUGCAUGGUAUGAGGUCCAACAUACAGCAAAAGCCUUCUCCCUAUAGUUUCACCAAUGGAAUCAUGAAUGGUUCUACUGUUUCUGAAGGAUAUCUUUGUCCAAAUCCUUACGGGGUUUCUCCAAAGCCUUUGCAGCAGAACUUGGAGAAGCAGCAAAAUCAUACUUUUGUGCCAACAUCAAUGUCACAGCAAAUGCUGCCUUUGGUAGGUGAUGGCUAUCCUAUGAAUGCUUCUGAUCUCUCUGGAUCUGCAAACAUAUAUGUUGCCGGUUCGACUGCUUUAUCAUCUUCGAAUAGUCAAAACUUGAACCCAGAUAUGAAUUUUAAAUCAAAACCAAACCACGGAAUGCUCGCUUAUCACACAAGUCUUUCAUCAAUGCAGCAAACUCCUCACCUGAAACCUCAAAAGCUCGACAUUUCUCAAAAUACGAGUUUCCAAACUGCCCACUCAACUCAAGAACAACUUCUUCAAUCUCAACAACAGAUACAAACAUUUCAGCAUCAACAAUUUCAACAGUCUAACCCGCCAAAUUCACAGUUUGUUCAGCAUCAAAGAUAUCAACAUAAUCAGCAGCUUCAACUUAUGUCAAAUACAGAUAAUUUGAGACAGUCUUCCAUCCCUUCAAAUUUUGCAGGGCAGCUACUGCCAGAAGUUGGUAUUGAAUGCAAUAAUGAAUUAUUCCUUCCACAAACUAAUGAACAAUUUCACCUUUCUGAAUUGCAAAAUCAAUACCAGCAGAAUUUUUUCUCUGCUAAUUUAUCCAAAGGUGCUCAUAAAUUUCAGCCUUUAUCUUCCCAUGCUUCGCAUCAGAUUUUACAAGCGGAGGGACAGACCGCUGAUUCACAAAAUGAGCUUGGUUGUCUUUUGGUGGGAUCACAAACUGAUGUACCUUCUCAGCAACUUUGGAAUCCCCAGCCUGAACAAAAACCACUAAUACAAGAGAAUAUCUCAUUUGAUCCUCAUAAACAGGAGGAAUUUCUCCAGAGAAUUGCGGGGAAGAAUGAAUUACAACAACCUGAGAUCUCUAAAAGGCUGUCCUUUGAACCUCUUAGGACUAACCGGGAACGAAAUUAUUUUAACCAGAAGAGGUGGCUGUUACUUAUGCUUCAUUCUCGUAAGUGUCCAUCCCCUAAAGGACACUGCAAGGAAGUGAACUGCGUUACUGUUCAGCAGCUAUGGUUGCAUAUUGAGAGGUGUGAAUCAAAUAACUGCACGUUCCCUCGCUGUUCUCCAUCGAAGAAACUGUUUAAUCAUUACCGUACGUGUAAAUCUGUAGAUUGUCCUCUAUGCCAUCCUGUUCGUGAGUUCGUAAUGUCUGUGAGGGCACAAAAUCAUAGAACAUUGGAUGCUGGUUUGGCGAACAAGUUGAACGACUUGGAUUUGGUGGCAAUUAAAGCAUGCUCGACUCCGAAGGAAACAUCUGAUUGUCAGCAAUCUUCAUCCAAACGAAUGAAGGUUGAGCAUCCUUCUACUCUCGUAUGGAAGACAGAAUCAUCUCUGGUUUCUGUUCCUCAAACUAGCCAAAUUAAACCUCUUUCGGAGACACAUUUCAGUAAUUAUGAACAAGUUGUUGCAGGUUUAUCUUGUAAAUCUGAAGUUUUUGAGAUGAAUAUAGAUAAAUCAAUGGUGUCUGGACAGUUUCCUAUAUCUGGUAGUGAACUUGAUGAUACGCCGAACAAAGUCCUUUCUGCAAAAACUGCUGCUGAACUCCUCAGAAAGAAGCUGAGGUUUAUGCCAAUAAGGAAAUGUUCAAUGGAGAAAGAUAAUUUUAUUUCUAAGAUGGAGAGCAAUCAGGAUGCCAACAUACCACCAAUUGAUCCCACUUCUGUCAGCAAAUCUGGCAAACCGAAGAUAAAAGGUGUAUCUUUGACUGAAUUAUUCACUCCAGAGCAAAUCAGGGAGCACAUUACCAGUUUGAGGCAAUGGGUUGGCCAGAGCAAAGCCAAGGCGGAAAAAAAUCAAGCCAUGGAACGUUCGAUGAGUGAAAACUCGUGUCAGUUGUGCGCCGUUGAGAAGCUUACCUUUGAACCUCCUCCUAUAUACUGCACACCAUGUGGAGCUCGUAUAAAGCGAAAUGCAAUGUAUUAUACUGUGGGGACUGGCGACACCCGUCACUACUUCUGUAUUCCGUGCUACAAUGAGGCUCGUGGUGACACUAUUGAGGCAGAGGGAUCUGCAUUUUCAAAAUCAAGGCUCGAGAAAAAGAAAAAUGACGAAGAAACCGAAGAAUGGUGGGUUCAAUGUGACAAGUGUGAAGCCUGGCAACAUCAAAUUUGUGCUCUUUUUAAUGGAAGAAGGAAUGAUAGCGGACAAGCUGAAUAUACGUGUCCCAAUUGCUACAUAGAGGAGAUAGAAAAAGGCGAGCGCAAGCCUUUGCCUCAAAGUGCCGUUCUUGGGGCUAAAGAUUUGCCGAGGACUCAUCUUAGCGAUCACAUCGAACGCCGUCUCUUUCGAAGUUUGAAGCACGAAAGACAAGAGAGGGCGAGGCACUUUGGAAAAAGUGUUGAUGAGGUACCUGGAGCGGAAUCGCUUGUCGUGAGGGUCGUGUCAUCAGUUGACAAGAAGUUGGAUGUGAAACAGCGGUUUUUGGAAAUUUUUCAGGAGGAAAACUACCCAUCAGAGUUCCCUUAUAAAUCCAAGGUAGUAUUGCUGUUUCAGAAGAUAGAAGGUGUAGAAGUAUGCCUUUUUGGCAUGUAUGUCCAGGAAUUUGGUUCAGAAUGUCAAUUCCCUAACCAACGGCGUGUGUACCUGUCUUAUUUGGACUCGGUAAAAUACUUCAGACCUGAAAUAAGAACGGUAACUGGCGAAGCCCUGAGGACUUUUGUGUAUCAUGAAAUUCUGAUAGGUUAUCUUGAUUACUGUAAAAAACGUGGUUUCACAAGUUGCUAUAUAUGGGCAUGCCCUCCUCUUAAAGGUGAAGAUUAUAUCCUAUAUUGCCAUCCUGAGAUUCAGAAGACUCCAAAAUCUGACAAAUUAAGAGAAUGGUAUUUAUCAAUGCUUCGUAAAGCCUCUAAGGAAAACAUUGCUGUUGGUCUCACUAACUUAUUCGAUCAUUUCUUCGUAACUAUUGGUGAAUGUAAGUCGAAAGUCACUGCAGCACGGUUGCCAUAUUUCGAUGGUGACUAUUGGCCGGGUGCCGCAGAAGAUAUAAUAACUCAACUGCAGCAAGAAGAAGAUGGUAGAAAGCAACAAAAGAAAGGGAAAACAAAAAUUACGAUUACAAAAAGGGCCUUAAAAGCUGCUGGCCAUACUGAUCUUGGUUGUAAUGCAUCUAAAGAUGCACUUUUGAUGCAGAAGCUUGGCGAAACCAUCUCUCCCAUGAAAGAAGAUUUUAUUAUGGUCCAUCUGCAGCAUGCUUGCACACACUGCUGUGUUCUAAUGGUGUCCGGAAAUCGUUGGGUUUGUAAUCAGUGCAAGAAUUUCCAGAUUUGUGAUAAGUGCUAUGAGGCAGAACAAAAACUUGAUGACAGGGAUAGGCAUCCUAUCAACAGCAGGGAGACCCAUAAUCUCUACCCCAUUGAAAUUACCGAUGUUGUCGCUGAUACGAAAGAUAAAGACGAGAUUGUUGAGAGCGAGUUUUUUGAUACAAGACAGGCCUUUUUGAGUCUUUGCCAAGGAAACCAUUACCAGUACGAUACGUUAAGAAGGGCCAAGCAUUCUUCGAUGAUGGUGCUGUAUCACCUUCAUAAUCCGACCGCGCCUGCAUUUGUGACGACUUGCAAUGUGUGUUACCAUGACAUUGAAACCGGCCAGGGAUGGCGGUGCGAGGUUUGCCCAGAUUUUGAUGUAUGCAAUUCAUGUUAUCAAAGAGAUGGUUCUAUUGAUCAUCCUCAUAAGCUAACGAAUCAUCCUUCCAAUGCUGAUCGCGACGCGCAAAGUCAAGAAGCUAGACAGAAACGAGUACUGCAGCUACGGAAAAUGCUCGAUCUUCUGGUUCAUGCUUCUCAAUGCCGUUUCCCGCAUUGUCAAUAUCCCAAUUGCCGCCGAGUCAAAGGACUUUUUCGCCAUGGCAUAAACUGUAAAAUUCGUGCUUCAGGAGGUUGUGUGCUCUGCAAGAAGAUGUGGUAUGUGUUGCAACUUCAUGCCAGGGCCUGCAAGGAAUCAGAAUGCCAUGUUCCUCGCUGCAAGGAUUUGAAAGAGCAUCUUAAGAGGCUGCAGCAGCAGUCGGAGUCGAGGCGGCGGGCGGCAGUGAUGGAAAUGAUGAGACAGCGAGCAGCGGAGUUGCAGGGAACGGACGAAUAACUGUACAGUUUGAUAUUUUAUAGACAAAAUACAGAGAGAGAGAGAGAGCGAGGACGAAGCUCUGCUUUCUUCCAGAAGGAAAGAAGUUGAUGGAAUGGGAAAGAUGAGAGCUGCAGCUUUCUCAUCUGGGAUUUCUGUGGAUUCUAACCCAUUCUAUACCAACCUUGCAAAGCAAAAAGGGAAGAACUUUCGGGUUUAAUUGUUCGAAUCGCGGAGGGAUGAGAUUUGCAAUUCUUUGAUUUAUCAGGCAUGGCAUUGCAUUGCAUUGCCUCCACUUAAUAGGGUAGCAUUUGUAAUAUAAAAAAAUUGUUUUUUUUAUUUUUUGUAAUUUUGUAUUUUGGUAGUGAGCCCUGUAAUUUCUUUUUGUUGUUCAUCUGUCAUUUCAUGAUUUAGGAAGGGAAUGAAGGGGGAAGACAGCCUGUAGUUAUUUUAUGCUGUCCCUUUUUUUUUUGUAGAAUGA